CAGUUCUAAUUAAAUUGUAAUAUAUGAAAAAUAUAUUAAUUCUGAACUACCCCACCAUAUGCACCUUAUUACACAAUUAAUUAAACCAUCUUCCUAACUUCUACUACGUACACUGUUAGUAAUUAAUCUCCAUUAAUAAACAUUAAACAUUAAACCCUAAAUAUUAUACAUACAUACUCCUAUAUAUAUAUAAUGGUAAUUCUUGUGUAUAUAUAUAGAUCACUGUUUAUAUAUACAAUGGCCGUUGUAUUAUUAUUACUACUUCUUCUUUCCCUUGUUGUUAACCUUCCCACAGCCGUAGUCUCAGUUGGAAAUUUCAGCCAAGAUUUUGAUCUAACGGUGGGAGACAACCGAGCUCAGAUAUCGGACGGUGGUGAUCUUCUAACAUUGUCUCUUGACAAAAUCUCAGGCUCCGGUUUCCAGUCAAAAAAACAGUAUCUUUUUGGUAACAUUAAUAUGCAACUCAAACUUGUUCCUGGUAACUCUUCUGGAACAGUCAUUACCUAUUAUCUUUCUUCUCAUUCGAAUGAGUCAUCGACAUUAUUAUGGGAUGAAAUUGACUUUGCAUUUGUGGGAAAUAAGAGUGGUCAACCUUAUGUUGUACAUACUAAUGUGUUGACUAAAGGCAAAGGUGAAAAAGAGCAACAAUUCUACCUUUGGUUUGACCCAACUUUGGAUUUUCAUAACUAUUCUAUUUUUUGGAACCCCUUUCGAAUUAUAUUUGCAGUGGAUGAUUCCCCAAUUCGAGUGUUCAAAAACUUAUCAUCAAUGGGAAUCGCAUACCCAUAUACUCAGCCAAUGACAUUAUACUCAACCCUAACCACCUUCAACGACUUAGUUACCGGCUUCAGCGGCGGCGGCGGCUUCCUCCAAACAGACUGGAGCCAAGCUCCAUUCAACGCCUCAUACCGAAACUUCGAUGACUUACAGUCAUGUGUUUGGAAUAAUAACUCUACUUCUUCUUCUUCUUGCAAUAACAACAAUGCCACGUCAUCACCACCACCAUGGCUUUCUGAUCAGCUUGACUCAGCCACCCAAGAACGGCUUAGAUGGAUUCAGAAUAAUUAUAUGAUUUAUAAUUACUGUUAUGACCUUCAACGGUUUCCUGAUGGUCUACCACCUGAAUGCGACGUCGUUUAAGUUAAUGAUUUGUAAUUUCAUUAUAUUUAUUAUUACAAAAGAAAAAAAAUAUUAUAAAUGUGUUUUAAAUGCUUUCACGUUCUACAAAAAUAUAGAAUGAAAAAAAAAAUAUAUAUAAUUAUUUGAAUUGAUGGAUUUUUAUAGUAUUAAUGGAUUAAAUUAGUUCCAUGGAAAUUAAUUAUAAAAAA